AUGCAGGGAUUAAAUAUGCCAGUUCUUUAUUCCGCGUGGAUGAAUCCUUCAACUUCUACUUUAUCCGCCGAUACCAAUACUGAUAAUGAUGCAUAUAAUAUCAGUAGUAACAGUAGUGGUAGCAGAUGCAAUUCACUGUCAUCAACACAUACACAAGCUCAAAUAACCACUACCCAAACACCCCGUUCGUUACACCUGCGAAUGAUUAACAAUACAGCAGCUACGGCUUCAUUACCACCAGUCACCGCCACCACUGCAAAUACCACCAUCAUAAUAAACACUACAUACGAUCCUCCACCUUUUAUUCCUGCAACUCUUCAUCGCUCACUUUUUCGCCUCGACAGCAAAACAUUAUUUGCGAAAAAGCAAUAUUAG